UUAUGCUAAAGAAUCUAGAUAAUAGCUUCAAAUACUCUAGCUUAAGAAUUCUUGUCCAAUCAUUUUGGUUGCUUUGAACAAAUGGAACAAUAAAGUAUUUUAGGUCAAGUUACGCUAAUAGGAAAGCAUUUUCUACUGCUUUUCUUCCAAGGCUGUCCAUAGGGAGAACUUCAGCAAAACCACACAACCAAUAAAAAUCAACUAAUACCCAUAGGGCGGGGUAUCUACAAGGCUGAGAAUUCGCAGUGCAGUGGUAUGGUGAGGGGAGUCACAGCAUAGCGAAUUGAGUCACACCUGCGCCCGCACCCUCCACGGCAGCCUCUUCAGAAAUCUCCCCGCUUCACCCCACCACUCAUCUCCAUUUCAUGAAUUCUCUUUUUCCCUCCUCCCUCGCACGAGUAUUACGACACAGACUUCGCCCACGACCGUCUCAGUUCUCCAGAGUCACAAACGCAGCCCACCGUUUUUCAACGCGCCUACCACUUGGGCAAACUCACGCCAUGGCGGCCACAACCACCUCGUUGGCGGAUAAACUCACCUCGCUGAGUCUAAAGGAGCCCCUACCAAAAUACGCCAAUUGCUUUCCGGAGAUCAACACCGUUGACGUCUACCGAGCACAUCUUACAUCCAUCUUGGCCGAAAUCACUGGAGUCGACGCCAGCAUCAUCUACCCCGCCUUACAAUGGACGCAAACACUAGAAAAGGGAGACUUGGUUUUGCCUGUGCCUGCUUUGCGAAUUAAGGGCAAGAAGAAGCCUGGAGAACUGGCGGCGGAGUGGAUUGAGAAGGUAGCUCUGGUCUGCCUACACGAAGACUUUUUCUUCUAACUUGUUGUAGUUUCCCGAGUCCCCACUGGUUCACAAGCCAACCUGCCAGGGCACCUUCCUACAAUUCUUUUUCAAGGUCGACAAGCUAGCGGAGCUUCUGAUACCAUCCAUCCUCACCCGAGGAAAGGUUUUUGGACAAAAUCAAUUUAUAGGCUUAAAGGACCCAGAGGGUCCAUCGAAAGGGCGCAAACGAAUGAUUGUCGAGUUCUCUUCUCCAAAUAUUGCCAAACCAUUUCACGCGGGCCAUCUUCGAAGUACAAUCAUUGGUGGUUUCUUGUCAAACAUAUACGAGGCAGCAGGUUGGGAUGUUGUUCGAAUCAAUUAUCUUGGAGAUUGGGGUAAACAAUACGGAUUGCUGGCUCUGGGAUUUGAAAAGUAUGGCAGCGAAGAAGCACUCCAAGCCGAUCCAAUCAACCAUCUCUUCCAAAUCUACGUUGCAAUUUCAAAAGAUUUGGCUGCUGAGAAGGACGAGAUGAAGGCGUUGAAAGAAGCGGGAAAAGACAUUUCGCAUAUCGAAGAUGAAGGAUUAGACGAGCAAGCCCGCCGAUACUUCAAAGCUAUGACAGAAAACGAUGCGAAAGCCAUUGAGCAAUGGGCGCGAUUCCGAGAGUUGAGCAUCAAACGCUACAAAGAGACUUAUGCUCGAUUGAACAUCCACUUCGACGACUACUCUGGUGAAAGUCAAGUAAAGCAAGAAAACAUGGACAAGGCCGGCAAGAAAAUGGAAGAGAUGGGUGUUUCCGAGGAAUCUGAAGGGGCCAUAAUUGUAGAUUUCACCAAGCACGUCGAAGGAAAGGCUGGCAAAAGUCUCGAGCGACCGAUUAUCAAAAAGAAGGAUGGCACUGCACUUUAUCUCACCCGAGAUAUUAGUGAAAUGCUACAACGUGUGGAGAAGUACAAUUUCGACCAUAUGAUCUACGUUGUAGCAUCACAACAGGAUCUUCAUCUUAAACAACUCUUCAAGAUUAUCGAGUUGAUGGGCUAUAAAGAUCUCGCUAAGAAAGUCCAGCAUAUCAAUUUUGGUAUGGUCUUGGGAAUGAGCACUCGAAAGGGUACUGUCAAAUUUUUGGAUGAUAUCUUGCGAGAUGUAGGCGAGAAGAUGCAUGAAGUGAUGCAGAAAAAUCAAGCCAAGUAUGAGCAAGUUGAGAAUCCUUUAGCAACAGCCGACAUUCUCGGUAUCAGCUCUGUUAUGGUCCAGGACAUGAGCGGAAAACGGUAGGCUUUGCACUCAUUUUCACAAUCGCGAACCUUUACUAACAUAUGGGCUCUAGAAUCAACAACUAUGAGUUCAACAUGGAUGCCAUGACGUCUUUUGAGGGAGACACUGGUCCAUACCUUCAAUACGCUCACGCUCGACUCUGUUCUAUCACACGAAAGGCUGGACUCUCUACGGAAGAAGUUGCUUCCGCAAACCUAAGCCUUCUUACCGAGUCUCAUGCUCUCAACUUGAUCCGUGUCAUCUCUCAAUACCCAGACGUUGUGCAAAACACCUUGAAGACGUUGGAGCCAACUACUGUGCUCACUUACCUGUUCAAGAUGACACAUGCUUUAAGUUCGAGUUACGAUCACCUCCGCAUCGUAGGCAGUGAGCCAGAGUUGAUGAAGGCUCGCAUGGCGUUGUAUGACGCUGCUCGUAUUGUGUUGAAUAAUGGUAUGCGUUUAUUAGGACUGUCUCCUGUGGAACGCAUGUAAACGGAACUGGGGGGAAGGAAAAAUUAGAGAGAUAUCCAAGUUAAGCGAUUUGCAUGGGAAAAUAAAUGGUGGGACUGGGUAUUAGUCCGAAUUAUUUGGCUGGCGUUUUUUAGUGGAAAGAUAACAAUUUGCCUAUGUACUGGGCCACAAUAGCUUACGGAACGAAAAGAUUUAGUGGCGGGAAGUGGAAUGUUUAUUAGACGAACGAAAGAUAAAAACCCGCUUUGCUUAGAUUGUCUACUUUUGUAAGACUAGCCUCUUUUUUUUAAUUCCA